UGCCAAACCGCAGGAUCACACCCACCAACAGGCCUUAGAGGACGGGGAGAAGAGAGUGGGAGUAGAGGCAGAGCAGUUAAGGAUCUCUAUUUCCUUUAACAGGAAACAAAACCCACAAAAGUCACGUCAGAAGCAGCACAAACAUAUGAAGUACACGACACAGCGAUACUCACACAUAGAGGAAGAGUGGAUGUAUCCUGUUUGUGCGCCACGAUGCCAAUGCAACUGCUUCUGCUUCUCUAUCUGAUUGGACAUGUGUUUGCCAAAGAACCACCAGAUGUGGAGUGUCGGGUGGUGUACCUUGAAUAUGUUGAAUGUUCCUGGAAUAAGCAGGGGACUCCAGACAUCAACUACACUUUCUCCAGCUGGUUCUACAAUGACAAAGAAACUAACUGCACCACCUAUGUGUUGGAGAACGGCAUAAAGACUGGAUGUAAGCAACCCUAUGGCAAUGACAACAAGAGGUUCCUGUCAUUUUACACGACACUGGUACAUGGAAAUAAGAGUACUACGAAGGGUCACGAGCUUAAAAAUAAAGUCUUGUUAUAUCCACCAGUCAACGUGACAGUCAAGAAUGGAUCUGACUUUAACCUGUGGUUUUACUGGAACCAGACUAAAUCAAACUGUGCUGAGAGUGAUGUUCGUUACAGAACCAACAAAAGAAAGUGGGAGCAUACUAAAGUCAGUAGUGGUAGGCAGAUUUUCUGCAUCAACUUGCCCUCCAGUAAUUCUGAGUAUGAGCUGCAAGUGCGGAGCAGAAUCGGGAAAGACUGUGGAGAGUCUAUAUACUGGAGUAACUGGAGUGAGCCUGUGGUCUGGGGAUCCAACAACAGCACAGCAGAUGCUAAUCUAAUAAAUUCCUCAAUGCCCGUUUGGACUCCAGUGCUGUUUGUGGUGGGCAUUAUCACCCUCAUCCUACUGGCCGUUAUGUUGCUGCACCAUGAAAGGCUGAGAAUCUACAUCAUCCCUGUGGUUCCCAAGCCAUCCCUGAUCUCUCAUGACAUAGAGAAUUGGCUUCAAAUCUCCAAAAACCUGAAGGAGAAUUUUAAGGCCAACUACACCGAGCGUGCCUGUCCUGUCCGUGAGUACUGCCAUGUCUCCCAGUCCGACAGCGAGAGCUCUGAUGACUUCACCUGCUCUGUCACAACCAACCAAACCGACUGUUCAAUCUCCAGUCCUGUGAACCAGUCUGAAGACCUGCCCACCCCCUGCUCCUCUGCUGCCUCCACAGUUACCGUCUCAUCUGAGAAGUAGCAUCAAGUCUAUUUAGAUGCAUCUGCUGCACAGCUAUAAAGAUCAGAAAACUGAUAUGAUGCAUGGCCUCAGUUUCCCCAACAAAAAACCACAGCAAUUAAAAUGGAUUACCGUUUGAGGGUUCCAGUAGUUACAGGUUUAAAAAAACCAAAUCUGUUAAGUCUCAGGCAUGGGAAGGACCCAAAUAUGCAGACAAGCCAAGGCAAAGGUCAAUAGGAUUUUAAUGCAACACAAGAAACAGGAACAAAAUACAAGGCUCAACCGGUAGUAGUAA